GCUGCCGCAGGUGUUGUUGAUCACCAGCGUCAUCAGUGGAAGUAGGUCAGCCACGCCUCCUGCAGAGAGGGGAGAGAGGGGGAGAGAGAGCAGCACGGAGGAAGAUAACAAACAAUAAGGAUAAUAGUGGUGGGGGAGAGUGGGAUCGUGACAGCUUACCCUCCUUUUCACCACUCCACACCGACUGCUACUGUCAAGAGUUUCCUACUAAAGGCAUUGAAACAUCUAGUUCUAUUAGGUUUACUUUAAUUUUCAAAUAGGUAAUUUUCUCUUACCUAAAGGACAGCACCACGUCCUCAGUUGGUUCCAUCUUGAUGCCUGUGCCUGCUUUCCUCACAGCAAAUAUUUUCAACAGAGUUGGUGGGCCAAGCCGUGUUCAACCCAGACCCUUCACUGCUGACAAAGUGCUAUCUGAUGAGCAUGUGGAAGCAGCUAUUGCCGUUUUGAAACACUCUGCUGAUGAAGACACCAUCCGUGAGAAGAUGAAAGCUACCUUCAUUUAUCGUCAGUCAAUGGUCAACAAUGAGAAGAGAGCAGGGGAUGUGUUCUCGGUCUUCCCAAGAUUACUAGACACACCUGGACUGAUAGAACAAGAUUUCAGAUUGCUGUUUGGGGAGGCCACAGCCAACAAAUUCCUGGAAAAGUGGCCCACUAAUCUGAAAAGAAAAGUGAUAACAGAAAGCCAUGGACUGGUACCGACCACAGAGCUCUUGGAUUUAAUGCGCAAUGCUGAGUCAACUGCUGAAAUUGAGAAUGAUGAUGUCUGUUGGUCUGUAGGCUGGGACAGUGACAUGUCUGCUAUCUUGCUGCUCCUCCAUCUCCUACCACCAUCUGCACAGGGAAGGAAGAGGCCGGGGAAGGUGUCGGCAUGUCAGGCUGUGGAACACCUCAUCAGAUUCAUAAAAGCUGGAACCAGUGUACAGCAGCACCUGGAUAACAUCAGCCAAAGCAGCCAGCCAUACCUCCUCGCUCAGGGGCCUGCAAGAAGCAGCAUUCACACCUUCUUUAUUGUGAUUGACAAGUAUGCGCUACCAUUUAAGGCAACAUGUUCAGUGGGAGCCCUAGACGACCUCUUUAAGGCCCAUUACGUCUUUGGUACCUCUUACAGCUCUUCCUUGGCCAAUGUUUUCACUUUUCUCCAAACAACCAUUUACAACAUUGAUGUUGGGGAAACAAGGAAACUCCCAGAGUUGCAGAGCUGUGAGCAAGAAUGGUGCGUUAGUGUCAAAUAAUGAAGUUAAUGUUUUAAAAUAAAAUAAAAUAAUGUUUUCUUUGCACAAGUGACCAUGGGAGACCAAACGGCCUUAUAAAGCACCUUAAAGGUGACAUAGAAUGCUUGUAUCACACAUAUAUGUUAGUUA